UACGCAAUGUACCUUUUUCAGUGAGUCUUAAUAUAUAUAAAAGACACUCACCGCCUUCAAACUGGAGAUUUAUCCCCUGCCGUCAACUGACCUUCCGUUUACACAAAACAUUCCCCCACAACCAUUUUGCUUCCUUCACUCCGUCUACAUGUCUUCUGUCUCCACUCAUACGCCUCCUGAAGGCACUCGAUAUUGGCAUUAUCCCCAACCAAGCGCAUCCAGCUCCCAAAACCCUAUACCCUGUGACGCGCUCAACCAAUCAUCUCAUGUGACAUCUAGGCCAUCGAACCAAUCUAACGGUUAUGCAGAAGGUUUUGAUAUAAGUGUCAAAGUAAAACGAGCAUUUACUUUUGAAGAACUUCAAUCAGAUUCGGAUCAAGGCGGUUGGAGCUUGCAAGGCCAAACACACAUGCAACAAUGCGGCGAUUCCUCACCGUGCAUCACUACCGCCCAGUAUACUCCUCAUACCAAUCCAUCCUCAUUUCAGAUUUCGAAAUCAUACACGCUAGUCGAUUCUCUCGGACAGUUAUCCACUUCAACCUCUGCACGAGCACCCAUUGGUACACGUGUUUCUGCUAUGGCUCUUGCAGGGCAUAGUGGCGUGAACCCCAUCAAACGUGAAUCGAGUCUGAUCCAACAGGUGAAUCAUUUCUGUGGAGUUACGCGUGCUCUAUUUUUGACAGCAUCAUUGUCUUUUAUAAGGCCUUUGGGGGCUUUUCAAAUCCAUCGGACCUCCCAUCAUCGAUUCCCCCCUUGCGUCAUUCUCGACAACCAGCUUGUGCGUACGAGGAGGCCAUCCCGAUAGGGACACUGAGUCCUAUGGCUCAUGAGACUGAAGAUAUAAAGCCAAACAUCUCAACACUGGAUGACGAGCCGCCUAUGGAUCACCUACCAUAUCCGCCACCCGUUCAUUCGGUCCCUCCUCGACAGUUCCAACCUUAUUCGCCUCAGGAUACAAUGUCAGAAUCUCCCUCUCCAU